GCUUAUUUCCUCAGCAACUUGUAGCACGUGAUCAAACAAUAUGGCUGACAUUAUUUACAGUAGUACUAAUUAUGAGGUUAUCAAUGACAAAUGAAUUUCCAAUUCUGUUUUUGGUUAACAACUCGAGAUGCUUUUAAACUGUUUUCCGUAAGCUAAAGAGAACAAGUAACACCAAGCAUGGCAGGUGCUAAUAUUGGUCUAUCAAUGCUAAGCCGUGGCAUUGGAGCAGAGAAGGAAAUUAAAGGGCAUAGGAAGCUUGAGGUGUCUUUAGAACCUGAGGAUUACCAUAACAUUCAGUCAAAGAAGUUCUACCUACCACCAAUCCAGCAACAGGCAUGGCAAAAUGGCAACAUCGUAAAUCGCGAGAUGAUGACACACAAGACAUUUACCACUAGGAAGGGUGCUCUGUUGCUGUAUGCAGAAGACUUAGCAUCGGCCGGUGGUGGUGCUACCGAUGGCAAGAAGAAAGCUCUCGAGGCUGAGGACAGUAGCUUAUUCAGCAGUACCAAUGAGUUUUGUAGUGCAAUACUUUCAUAUGGAGCCAAGGGAAAUGAAACAAGCCCGAUAUUCUUAAAUUUUGUGAAAGGAAGAAGUGUUUUAGAAGCCAGUAGGUCAGUGCGUCCUGGAUUUUCAGCCAAGCGGUAUAUGGCUAACUGGUCUCGCAGUUGGGAUGACUCUGUGCUUAAUAAACUUCGCUCAAAUGGAAAUAUUUGGGAUAAAAAUCUGUUCCAGCCGAAUGCAGUGAAUCCAAGCAUUUACCGGCGUAUCAAUGAUGACUUGUCUCAGUACCCAUCUCCUUACCACGUGACUAGAAGCAUGCUCCUGUCGCCUGGAGGUCUACAACAGUAUGAAUUCUACAGAGUCAAGUCUAACAUCUCUGAUGAAGAAAUAACUGAAGAAACAGAGGAAGAAGUUUUGGCCAGUCAAAAACAGCCUUUACCAGCAAAAGGAAAACUUUUUGAUUCAAAUAGCAUUGCAGUUGUUGAGAGGGACAAGGACAACAAACCUCAUUUAGUUUCCUAUAAAGACCUUGAUGAAGAAAAACAGACUGCUGUUCUCCAACGAUUACUAGUUCAAAGCGUUUUAAGUCAUCAGCAAUCCAUCGAAGACUUGUUUCACGAGAAGUUGUCAUCUGUUAGCACAAAAUCUGAGUCCGGAAGCAUUCUUGAAUCACCUUUGAACCUUGACAUUGGGCAGGCUAUCGUUGACUUGAUUACUUCAAAUUCUACCCAGCUUCAAGUUGGCAACCCUAUAUUUACUGAUGCUUCUUACAUCAAGGCAUCCCCAACUCAACUAAAAGCACAACAAGAUUAUGAUAAGAGAGUACUUUCUCAUAACUCUGGAAGAGGACAAUAUAGUACCCUACCCCCGAUAAAUAAUAUCCCUGCCCUCAGACCUCUGAAGGUAAAACCACUUGGUGGUGGAGUUUUGAAGUUGCCACCAUUGCCAACAAAAAGUGAAUCCCCACACUCUGGAUCUCAUUAUUGCCCUGUGGAAACACAAUCAAACGGAUGGGAGUCAAAUUUCGCAAGUGAUGAUUCUGAACAUUGGCAGGGGAAUGUGGCAGAGGAAGUCAAGAAAAGUAUGGAUAGAUUGAAGAAGCUUGGCAGCCCCAAGUCUAGUUCUAACAACUCAUUGAGUAAAGUUCCUGUUUCAGAUUUAUCAGUGACAGUAGGAAAGAGUAUGCAUGGUAGCGUAGAGAGUCUAGCACAGCCUUCAAGUGAUAUUAGUAUCGGAGUAAAGGGUGGAUAUAUGCCAAAGUGGCAGGAAAAAAGCAUGGUGACCUACAAAGCAGGUGUUAAAAGUAGUUCCAGUAGUGUUGUCAUGGGGCCUGAUGGUGACAUGUUGGCAAUUGGAAACUCCUAUGUUCAUAGUCUUGCUAGUGCUAGUGAAUUCGGGAAUGAUGAUGUCAAUGAAGAUGUCAUCACAGAUCAAGAUGAAACCCAGAGUAUGUCAUCAUCAAAAGUUAUCCAAGCGCCAGGUGAAGGUACAGACAAUAUACCUUUAGAUACUUCACAAAAUGAUUUAGCAGAACCUCUGCCCUCACAUCAAAUUGGUGAUGUAGAUGUUUAUGAAAAAACACAGUCAGACAGACAAGGUCUAGCAACAGAAGAUGCAGUGAUUUUGAAUGGUGAACCUGAAAGUAUUACUGUUCAACCAGAACAUGCAAUGGUGGACACUGAGGGUGUGCUUGAGCAACCAGAGAUUGCAACUACUGCUGAUGAAGGUGAUGUCCAAAUAAAUCAAGAUGAUGUGAAGCAAUCCAUCAAUGAAGAUGGUAAAGUAAAAGAAGAUAAAGAUGGGGAUAAUGGACAACCUGUGAAGAAUAUCGAAGAAACAGAUUUAGCAAGGUCUGGCCAGCCAGCAAAUAACGGUACACCUGAAAUUGCAGUAGUCGAUGUUAAAGCAUCUAAUGGUAUCAAGGAAGACCAAGAAAGUAUACCUGCAAAGGAUGGUGUUGAGGAGGCAGAGACAUCAUCCAGCAAGGCUGAUGAUGGUGAUGAUGGCAAUCAGGAGGAGCAGGACCGUGAGCCUGGUGAGAAUGGCAGUGUUGUCUCUGCAGCUUCUGUAAUAGAGGAUAUCGUAGAACAGGCGCUAAAAGUUGCAGAAACUGUCAUUCAACGGCCAAAGUCUGGAAGAGAUUUAGCUGCCGAUGCUAAAGAAGCAGCAGGUAUGUGGGCAGAACAACUGAAGAAUAUCUUCUCUGAAAACUGCAAGAAGUUAGAGCGCUCUGCUUCAGAAACGUUACGAUUUAGAUCAUGGUCCUCAAACAGCGUCUCAUCUACUGAUUCGUUUGGUGUUGGAUCCUGGGUGAGGCAAAGUUCGAAAGCCAAGGAUAAAAAAAAAUCCAAGCUAAGGGUUCACUCUGCUGAGGCUGCCAUUAGUGUCAUCAAGAAUUUUAUAAACCAACAAGUAUGUUUUUGCAUGUAGUACUAAAAAAAUCAGAGUAACUCUACCUGAAAACUCACAUCCUACCAGAUACACACCUAUACUUCUGGGUUGAAGGAACCGAAUUGCUUGGCCAAGGACGUAAAUG